AUGAAGCUCCUACCGGACUACGAGCACAUGGACUACAGGGACGUGUACAGGCACUGUAUGUACUGCAGCACAUGCCUGACCUGACUGGCUCAACAUGCGUGUGGCUUUUAACAUGCUAGUGUGUUGCAGCCAGUUGCGACAAAUACCAUGUGCUCACCGACUGUGUGACGUGGUUUUGAAGGGGUGAAUCUGCACUUUGCUCCUUACCUUAACUCGAACGUCUGACUACUAGGAAUGGUAAUGGAAAAUGAUUGUGCGCAUUUAGCAUGCUAGUCAACAUGGUUAGUGCUUACAGUGACAGCUCCCGGUUUACUCUGUCUACAUCAUACACUCUUUUGGAGCAAAGGAAACAAUGCUUUGUUUUUUGUCAUGGAUAUGAAGUUAUAUGUGCGUGCAUAGCGUACAAUAAUGAUAUGUCCCCUCCAUAUCUGCUGUCCUUGAAGUGAGGCCAGACCUCCACCAUGGUGAUAUGCUCUGUUGAGUUGUCAUCAGUUUCUCAGUCCAAACUAUUAUCUAUUGCUGUGAUGCCCUGCGAUUGAACUGUUCACCACUGUUUUGGUGUUUUAACCCUUUGUUGCGCUGUUGUGUUGUUGUGUUGCAGUGCUGCACCCAUACAGACACAUCCUGGGUCUUUGGCAGCCUGACAUAGGCCCAUACGGAGGGCUGCUCAACGUGGUGGUACGCUAUUAGUGUGUACACACACACACACACACACCCACACAGUUGUCCCCUCUUUAUCACAUUUAAACAUUUUCAGUCUUUAAAUUGUUCAGAACACAUGGUUGUAGAGGGGGACAAAAAUUAGUCUGUCUUUUCCCAUCAAAACAUGUUAUUUGUGUCAGGGGAUGACUUUCUCUCUCCCUUUACUCCGCUACCACCACCCAUCCCUCUCCAGGUUGACGGGCUGUUCAUCAUUGGCUGGAUGUACCUGCCCCCCCACGACCCUCGGGUUGAGGAUCCCAUGAGGCGGCGGCCACUCUUCCGCAUCCACAUGUGGGAGAGCAACAAGGUGGCGGUGGAGUGUAUGUACGGACACAAGGGCCCUCACAAGGGGGACAUCCAGGUGAGUCCAUUUUCUUCUUCUGUUGUGUUCUGAAUGGGCAGUAAAGCUAAUGUUCGUGAUUUAUUUUUCUGCCACCUGCAGUUCUUUUUAAUGAGUAUAAUUGAUUAGCUGAUCACUCCUAUUGACAUGGAUGGCAUUCUGUGAUCCCUCCUUAAAGCUGCAAUAUGUAACUUUUUGGGCGAACAACGAAAUUCACAUAGAAAUGUGAGUGAUAGAUCUAUAAUUCACAUUGAAAGCAAGUAUAAGAAGCGGUAGAUCUGUUCUAUGUGCACUAUUUCUAUGCUUCCCGUUCUUAAGUUUAGUUUUUGCGUCUUACUUUCAUUUUUGUACACUAGCUUCAAACAGCUGAAAAUACAAUAUUUUUGAUUAUGGAAAAUAUUUCACAGCGGUUUAGAUGGUACAAUGAUUAUCUACACUAUACUUGCUUGUUUUGUCACAAAGUGAAAUUAGGCGAACUAUUCGAAUUUUAGCAACCAGGAAAUGGCAGAGCGAUUUCUGCGUAGUGCAUCUUUAACCUGUUAAAUGUAAUGUCAAAUUGUAGAUUUCCGCCUAAAUAGACAUAACCCAAAGUAAUUAUUUAUAAUGAGAGGGCCAUAAACAAUACCUAGUAAUGCUUAUACUGCCAGUAAUGGUAAAAUCUCGCCUUUCUGGUAAAUAUAAACAUACAGUGAGGGGAAAAAAGUAUUUGAUCCCCUGCUGAUUUUGUACGUUUGCCCACUGACAAAGACAUGAUGUAGCCCAUUCCAGCCUUGUGUAGGUCUACAAUCUUGUCCCUGACAUCCUUGGAGAGCUCUUUGGUCUUGGCCAUGGUGGAGUGUUUUGAAUCUGAUUGAUUGCUUCUGUGGACAGGUGUCUUUUAUACAGGUAACAAGCUGAAAUUAGCUCGUUACCUGUAUAAAAGACACCUGGGAGCCAGAAAUCUUUCUGAUUGAGAGGGGGUCAAAUACUUAUUUCCCUCAUUAAAAUGCAAAUCAAUGUAUAACAUUUUUGACAUGCGUUUUUCUGGAUUUUUUUGUUGGUAUUCUGUCUCUCACUGUUCACAUUAAACCUACCAUUAAAAUUAUAGACUGAUCAUUUCUUUGUCAGUGGGCAAACGUACAAAAUCAGCAGGGGAUCAAAUACUUUUUUCCCCUCACUGUACCUGAGGUGUGAAGUACACAGUACAAAUAUGAAAAAUCAUAUACUUUUUUUACUAUUCAACAAAAGUGGUGGAAUAGGGCUUGAAAUGAUUAUACUAAAUAUAGUAAGAGUCAAAUUCUAAAUUACUUACUAUAAUAUUUCACCUUAACUGUAAAAUAAAUAUGUUCAUACUUAGUGACAGUACAAUAUUGGCACUAUUUCAUAUAACUGAUGAUAGAGCAUUUUAUGUCCAGCGUCCUGUGAGCGACGCACAGACGGCAUUCAAAUGCCUGCUCUCGUUACAACUUCAGCUUUAAGCAUAGUGGGAAGUCGUUUGGUGGUGCAGCGAUGCGGAGGAAAAAUAUAUAUAUAAAUAAAAUUGCCCGCGAUGAAGACGUCUAUAUCGGUCCGCUAAUACAGGACUAGUAAAGGCCCAGUGCACUACUUUUGUGAAAAAAUUUAAACUAAAUGUAUUUGAGUGUUUAUCUGAUAAUUAUCUGUACAAAACUGUACAUACUUGUGGAAUAUAAAAACUUUGUUUUGUUUUCCAGUUUCUUGAAAUACUUUGCAAAUGCAACUUAUUUCUAUGUGAACUGAAAUGGUCUAUUAAUUCCUUUUCCUUUUUAGUAGACACUUAUCCAGAGCAACUUACAUUGUGCAUACAUUUUCAUACUUUUUCGUACUGGUCCCCCGUGGGAAUCGAACCCACAACCCUAGCUAGCAUUGCAAGCGCAAAGUACUUUGCAAGGAUGGUCAAUUAAUACUGCACAAAAAGUGGUUGUUUUCCAUGUUAAUUGAUCAAGAAAAAUGUUUAAUUUGAUGUGGAUGUUUUGUGUCUUUGCCCAUAACUUUGCACCUUUUUGUUGUAAAUGUUUGAGGACAUCUUUCUGGAUUCCAUUAAAAUGACAAUUGCAGAGAAAAGGACAGGGCAACAACUCCUACAUUUCCAACUAUUGAAUCCUGCAAGAUACUAUUCUUAAUUAUACAACUACCUUUUUUGGCAAAGUGGAGAUGCAGAAAAAGAAAAUUUGCCCACGCUACAGACGUCUAUAUCGGACCGCUAAUACUAUUAAAAGGCCCAGUGCACUACUUUUGUUAAAAGUAAUUAUAUAUAAUUUAAAAAAUUGAGGGGUGCUGCAGCACCCUCAACACCCCUACUUCCUGUGGCUAUGGCUGUAAGCACGAGGUGAUUUCGUUCCUCUGUGACCAAGAGAAAGUGGUUUUGUUUCAAUUCUAAAUCCGUCCGAGAACAUCACAGCGAGAUGAGACUGCGUUUGCUGCAAUCGCUAGAGUCUCCCAUUCCAUAUGCUGUAUUGUAAGCGGAGCUGCAAGGUUCACAAGCAAGGGAAAUUCGAUCCUUUGUCUGGAUAGGCCAGAAAAUGUGACGUGUCGCUCACUAUGCAAAUGAGGUGUCAGAUUUCACGUACUGCAUUUCAGAUGAGAGCGGAUAACAGCAUGUGAAGCAGGACAACCAGAGUUGUCACGGGGUGCACAGCAAUUGAUGUUGAGCCGUUCACAGAGCGCUCUGUAAUAAGAAAUGAUGGUCGGAACCGGUCCAGAGUUGCUCAAAGUCCCCUAAAUAGAGGACUUAACGUUAACCCACAGCAAGUCCAACCCAGUCAACUACUUUAAAAUGUUGCAUGCCUUUUGUCCCAAGUGCUUUUCUAACACUGUGGUGCACGUAAGAGGGACUGUUAGGUGAGACGGACAACACAAGGGAUUACGUGGUGGAAACAGAGAAAUCAAUAAUUGUGCUUAAAUAGUUCAUUACUGAUGUUAUACCUUUUUAUGUGUAAGCAGUGCACUCACUGUGUGGUGAAGUAGUCCCCUGUCUUCCAUGGCUUUGUGAUAAAAGCUUCAAUGUCUUUUCUUAUUUUCAGACUGGGAAGAAGGACGAGUUCUCGACUAAGUGCAACCAGACAGAUCAUCACCGCAUGCCAGGGGGGAGGCAGGAGGUGAGGAGGAGAGAGAGGGGUCUCUUGUCACUUCACAACACUUUGUAUGUUGUUAUCAUAUGGCUGAGGCAACUAUGUAUUUGUCAAAUAAAUGUAUUCAUUGAACAAUUAAUCAGUAAAUCACAUAGUAUAGCACUUUUUACAAACACGCAACCUCAAUGUUCCUAUCAUACUGAAAGUUUGCUGUUGUCCCUCACGAUGAAAUCGGGGAGGGGAUUGUGGAUCUGUCUCCGUUCGUUCGUACGUUAGUCACACGCGAUCUCAGACGGCACUGCCCCGAUUUUGACAACUUUGGUGAAUGAUGCGUCUUGCCUUAGAGAUCACAAUCAAAACAUAAAUGCAGUUUACAACAAGGCACUAAAGUAAUACUGCAAAAAACACAAGGCCAAAUCUACAGUGGAGUUGCUUACCAAGAAGAGUGGCCGAGUUACAGUUUUGACUUAAAUCUACUUGAAAAUCUAUGGCAAGACCUGAAAGUGGUUGUCUAGCAAUGAUCAACAACAAAUUUGACAGAGCUUGAAGAAUUUAGACACCACUGGUCCGAUUUUGACAAAACUUGGGUGAAGUAUGCAUCUUGCCGUAGAGGUCCGUCAUUUACAAAAUUGCACUGAUUGGCUCAAGGGGGGUGCUGCAUCAUUAGUGGGAGACAACGUUUACUAUUGCCUUUUCUAAGAUUUGGGUUGAAUCAAGUCGUUCAGAUUUCAAUUGGUAAAUGUGGCACAUCGGUAAGUGGGUGUGACCGUGGGGUUUUGAUUUUCUGUUGGCAGGAGUUCCGCACAUGGCUGGAGGAGGAGUGGGGGAGGACACUGGAGGACAUCUUCCAUGAGCACAUGCAGGAGCUCAUUCUUAUGAAGUUCAUCUACACAAGCCAAUACGAGUAGGUCUUCAUAUUACAUCUACUGUUUUAGCCAAUCUAUUUAAAUAUUUCAAUUUUGACACUGUAUUGUUCCAUUUCUUUCUUUACUCUGGUCAGUGAAAGACCUAAAGAAAUAUCUAGCUGGAGGCUAUUUUCCUCAAAAUGUGUCCCUAUAAUGCUAUAAGGGAUGGGUCGCUAGGUGUCUUGACACGUACCUCAUUAAUUCAUUCUUCAUUCAGUGAUAUUGUAUUAUUUUUUGAAGACGUUCAUAGAAAUGUGUAAUUUUAUGUAAUUGGCUUCAUGAAUGUUGAUGAUGCUGUGAUGUUGUGUUCUGACAGUAACUGCCUGACGUACCGGCGGAUCUACCUCCCACCCCGGAUGCCCUCUGACCUGCUGCAGCCGGGCCUGUUCAAAGGCACCUACGGCAGCCAUGGCCUGGAGAUCAUCAUGCUCAGCUUCCAUGGGCCCAGCGCCAGGGCCACCAAGCUCACUGUGAGUCCCCCAACCCUACUGCUUCCACCCUACUGUUUUUGUACCCUACUGUUUCCAACUCCAACCUUUUUUCUGACAUUUUUUAUUUUAUCCUUAAAGUAGUUGGUUGGCAGUGAGUUAGGUGGGCAGAACACUACACAACAGGUGGCCUACAUAUUCCAUUGUGUAUUUUUUUAAAACUUCAGUGUGAUCUGCUCAGUUGGCAUGAAGAAAUUGGAAACGAAAACAAACGUCCUUAUUACACGUUUGGGUAGUACCUCUCAUUUCAAAACGUUUUUCCCAUUUUGUGCCUACUGAACAUGCCCCUGCCCUUUCUCCCAGGGGGACCCCAAUGUCCCAGCAGGCCAGCUAACGCUUGACGUGGACCUGAACCGGCCUGUGUGCCUGCCGAACCUGGAGCACCAGCGCAGUGUGGAAGAGCUGUCUCGCCUGGUGCUGGGUGUGCACGAGGAGGCGCAGCGGGAGGCGCAGAGCCCAGACGUGGCCCCCCAGGGAGCUGCUUCAAAGGGGGCUGUGGCUGGUGGUACUGGGGCAGAGGGGCUGGAGUCGGCUAUGGAAGCCCAGCCUGGGCCCUGUAGCAGUAGCAGCAGCAGCGCUCCCUCGGAGGCCCAGCCCUUCAUCCUGCCUCUGGGGGUCAUGGCCCGCAAUGAGGUUUACCCCCGAACCUGCAAGAUGUGGUGAGACCAUUUAUAUCACACCUGUUCAGGUUGUUAUUCACACAUCCUCAUAUAGCCAAGAGUGCCAGGAAAAUAUAGCUGCAUAAUAUAAUACAAUUUAGCAGACACUUUCUUCCAUAUGGACUUACAGUUUGUGCAUGUGGCCCAUGUGGAAAUCAGACCCACACAACUCAAGUGUUACAAGCACAACACUCCGGCCAACUGAACCAUUGGAUCGCAACAUUUCCUCUAGGAUACACCAUCCAAAGUGCCUUCAGAAAGUAUUCAUACCCACAUUUUGUUGUUACAGCCUGAAUUCAAAAUAUAUUUUCUCACCCAUCUACACACAAUACCUAAUAAUGACAAUGUGAACAUGUUUUUAGAAAUGUUUUCACAUUUAUUUGAAAAUGAAAUACAUAAAUAUUUAAUUUCAUAAUUGUUCACACCCCUGAGUCAAUACAUUGUAAAAGCACCUUUGGCAUCGAUUACAGCUGAGAGUCUUUCUGGGUAAGUCUCUAAGAGCUUUCCACACCUGGAUUGUGCAACAUUUGCCCAUUAUUAUUAUAGCUCUGUCCAAUUGGUUGUUGAUCAUUGCUAGACAACCAUUUUCAGGUAUUGCCAUAGAUUUAAGUCAAAACUGUAACUCUGUCUCUCAGGAACAUUCACUGCCUUCUUUGUAAGCAACUCCAGUGUAGAUUUGGCCUUGUGUUUUAGGUAAUUGUCCUGCUGAAAGUUGAAUUAAUCUCCAGUGUCUGAUUGAAAGCAGACUGAACCAGGUUUUCCUCUAGGAUUUGGCCUGUGCUUAGUUUCUUUUUUGUCCUGAAAAACUCCCCAGUCCUUAACGAUUACAAGCAUACCCAUAACAUGAUGCAGCCACCACUAUGCUUGAAAAUAUGGAGAGUGGUACUCAGUAAUGUGUUGUAUUGGAUUUGCCCCAUUUUUUUCACUACAGAAAAGUUAAUUUCUUUUGCACUAUUACAUUAGUGUCUUGUUGCAAACAGUUUUGGAAUAUUUCCAUUCUGUAUAGGCUUGCUUCUAUCCACUCUGUCAAUUAGGUUAGUAUUGUGGAGUAACGACAAUGUUGAUCCAUCCUCAGUUUACGCCUAUCACAGACAAUAAAAUCAUUGGGCUCAUGGUGAAAUCCCUGAGUGGUUUCCUUCCUCUACGGCAACGGAGUUAGGAAGGACGCCUGUAUCUUUGUAGUGACUGGGUGUAUUGAUACACUAUCCAAAGUGUAAUUAAUAACUUCACCAUGCUCAAAGCAAUAUUCAAUGUCUGCUUUUAUUAUUUUUACCCAUCUACCAAUAUGUGCCAUUCUUUGAGGCAUUGCCCACGUGGGGCCAGUAUAAAAAUAUAUGUAUUCACUAACUGUAAGUCGCUCUGGAUAAGAGCGUCUGCUAAAUGACUAAAAUGUAAAUGUAAAAAUGCAUUGGAAAACCUCCCUAGUCUUUGUGGUUGAAUCUGUUUGAAAUUCACUGCUCGACUGAAGAACCUUACAGAUAAUUGUAUGUGUGGGGUACAGAGAUUAGGUAUUAAUUUAUGUUAAACACUACAGAGUGAGUCCAUGCAACUUACGUUGUGCCAGUAACCGAAAGGUCGCUGGUUCUAAUCCCCGAGCCGACUAGGUGAAAAAUCUGUCGAUGUGCCCUUGAGCAAGGCACUUAACCCUAAUUGCUCCUGUAAGUCGCUCUGGAUAAGAGCGUCUGCUAAAUGACCAAUUAUUAUUAUUUUUUUUUACUAUGUGACUUGUUAAGCACAUUUUUACUCCUGAACUUAUUUAGGCUUGCCAUAACUUAUUUAGGCUUGCCAUAACAAAGGGGUUUUCCAAUACCGAGUGGCGCAGUGGUCUAAGGCACUGCAUCGCAGUGCUAGCUGUGCCACUAGAGAUCCUGGUUCGAAUCCAGGCUCUGUCGUAGCCGGCCGCGACCGGGAGACCCAUGGGGCGGCGCACAAUUGGCCCAGCGUCGUCCAGGGUAGGGGAGGGAAUGGCCGGCAGGGAUGUAGCUCAGUUGGUAGAGCAUGGCGUUUGCAACGCCAGGGUUGUGGGUUCGAUUCCCACGGGGGGCCAGUAUGAAAAAUAUAAAAAAUUAAUAAUGUAUGCACUCACUAACUGUAAGUCGUUCUGGAUAAGAGCGUCUGCUAAAUGACUAAAAUGUAAAUGUAAAUGUAAAUACUUGUUGACUCAAGACAUUUCAGCUUUUAAUUUUAUAUUAUGUGGCAAUUUUUUGUUUUGCUUUUUGUAUUUUACCUCCUUUUUCCUCCCCAAUUUCGAUCUUGUCUCAUCGCUGUAACUCCCCAACGGGGUCGGGAGUCGAAGGUCGAGUCAUGCGUCCUCUGAAACAACACCUGCCCGCUUAACCCGGAAGCCAGCCGCACCAAUGUGUCGGAGGAAACACGGUUCAACUGACGACCACCCCGCCACAAGGAGUCGCUAGAGCGCGACGAGCCAAGUAAAGCCCCCCCGGCCAAACCCUCCCCUAAUCCGGACGACGCUGGGCCAAUUGUGCGCCGCCCUAUGGGACUCCCGAUCAGUGCCUUAGACCGCUGCGCCACUCGGGAGGCCAAUUUGGCAGAAAAAACAUCCACUGACAUUAUGGGGUAUUGUGUUUAGGCCAGUAGAAAAAAUCUAAAUUUCAUCAAUUUUAAAUUCAGGCUGUAACAAUAAUGUGGAAAAAGUCAAGUAGUGUGAAUACACUACUGAAGGCACUGUAUACUAUGCAACAGGAAAUCGUGUUUAAAUGAUUUGUUUCUUCAUCGAUUUCAGCUUCUACGGGACGGGCCUGAUUGCUGGCCACGGCUUCACGAGUCCGGAGCGCACACCAGGCCUGUUUGUCCUGUUCGACGAAGACCACUUCGGCUUCAUCUGGCUAGAGCUCAAGUCGUUCAGCCUGUACAGCCGCCUGACUGACCGGCUGGCCCACGCCUAUGCCCCCGACAUGGAGUGCUUUGAGGCCAUGCUCCACAACAUGCAGUCCUGGACAUCCUGA